UAGUGUCAUCGUUCAGCUUUAAUUCCUGAGGCUGGACUCACUUGUGAAAGAACAACUACGUGUCUGGAAUUGACUAAACUCUGGAGAUCAGAUUCAGAGCAGAUGAUUGAAUCCAGACACUUACAUAACUCUCUCCCAGCGAUUCCAUGAUGUCUUCACACCUUGCCUGGUUGUCAGAGGAUCGGUUCCAGUGUUCCCUGUGUGAGAAGGUCUUCAGCGACCCAGUCACGACACCCUGUGGUCACAACUUCUGUAAGACCUGCCUCAGCGAGCACUGGGACGGCAGCGAGCUGUGCCACUGCCCAACGUGUAGUAAGAGAUUCCACGUGAGGCCCGAGGUCUCCACGAACACGGUCAUCCAGGAGAUCUCCGUCCAAGUGAAGAGGAGAAAAGUGGAGACCACUGAGAGCAUCGGUGAGCCUUCUCACGUCCAGUGUGAUGUGUGCACAGAGCUGAAGCUCCAGGCCCAGAGGUCGUGCCUGGUGUGUCUGACGUCUUACUGUGUGGUCCACCUGGAGCCUCACCUGAGAGUUCCCUCUCUGAUGAGACACAGGCUGGUGGACCCGCUGGAGAACCUGGAGGAGAGGAUGUGCAAGAAGCACGAGAGGAUCCUGGAGCUCUUCUGCCGACACGAGGAUACGUUCAUCUGUCUGCUGUGCAAGGAGACGGAGCACAAAGAGCACGAGACUGUUCCGCUGGAGGAGGAAGGGGCUCGGCAGAAACAAAAUAUUGAGUCCAAAAAAGCAGAGAUGAGAAAGAUGAUUGAGGAAAGAGUGGAAAAGACAAAGGAAUUCACAGAUUCCUCUGAAAUGAGCAGAGAGAAAGCUCACAAAGAGAUGGACCGCAGCGAUCAGCUCUUCAGUAAUUUGAUCAGUCAAGUUCAAAGGCUGCAAACAAAACUAAAAUCGAACAUAGAAGCAAAACUCACAAAAUCUCAAGCGAGAGACAAAGCAGUGAUUGAAGAGCUGCACACGGAAAUCACCGAGCUGCAGAGGAGGCAGGAGGAGCUGGAGGAGCUUUCACACAAAGACGACUCCUUCCAGCUGCUGCAGACUUUGAAAUCCCUGAGCGACGUGUCGGACAUGAAGAACUGGUCAAACCUCCGGGUUUACUCGGACCUGUGUGUGCAGACCCUGAGGAGAGCCAUGUCCCAGCUCCUGCUCACGUUUCAAGCUGAACUGAGAGCUCUGACGAAAACAGAACUGAACAGAAUGAGACAAUAUAAAGAGUAUGUGUUGUUUGACGGAGCCACAGCUGGAGACGGCCUCAUGGUGACCGAAGAGGGGAAACGCCUCAAGUACUUUAAAUCUGCCAGCCCCACCUGGUUUGAAGGCUCUGGGAGGUUCAACCAUCCCGCGGUGUUUGGGACCAGGGGCUUCAGCUCUGGACGACACUACUGGGAAGUCCAGGUGGGACGUAGAAACGACUGGGAUGUGGGUGUGGCCAAGAAAACGAUAACCAGAACAUUGAGGGUCCCUCAGAACACAGGGAAUGGAUUCUUCACCAUUGGAAAGAGGCGCUCUGAUUAUCAAGUCCACCGUUCACCCUUCAAAGAACUGCACCUGUGUCCCCGGCCGAGGAAAGUCGGCAUCUACCUGGACUAUGAGGAAGGACGAGUCUCUUUCUAUGAUGUGGAUGAAGAGUUUCACAUUUACUCUUUCACGAGAGAGACUUUCACAGAGACACUGGUCCCAUACUUCUACCUGUGCAGCUGGACGAAGAAAUCCGAGCCCUUGGUCAUAACUUACAUCUUCGAUGAAGCGAUUGUGCGUCAGUACUUUGAAAAGUUAAAGAAGACCAGAGAAGUAAAAGAGUCGUUAGAAGGUCAAAAGCUCCAAACCCCACCGAGGUCCACUGAGGUCAAACCCCCUGAAACCCACUGCGGUCCAGAUCUGUGUGUUACUGCAGUGGAAUAGAUUGUUCACGCUCCUCCUCCUCCUCCUCCUCCUCCUCCUCCUCCUGCUGCUGCUGCACAACGACAAAAACAAGCUACCAGCAGGAAUAACUUCUAACUUUCUAUAACAGACUUCAUCAACUGUUGAUAAAAUAGCUAAUUGAGCUAGUGGUAGCUUCCUCCUGGGCUGGUUGAACAGGUCUCAUUACAUUUUUGUCUUUCUUUAUUAAAGGCCAAUAGGUUUGGUUGUGGUUGUGUUUUCUUUUUAUUAAUCAUCAUUGUACUAAAGUCUAAAUAUAUCAGCUCAUAUGAGAUUCUCUUUCUACCACCUCUCAGAAUCAGAACCUCAAACAUUCAUCAUUCUGCCGUCAAAAUGUGACAAAUCUUUGUUUUUAAUGUUUCAAUGAACAAUUAACUUCUCACUGAAAUA